GCCAUUGCAAUGAAUAGCAAGCACAAAAAGGUCUAGAAUACCUCUUGUGGUUAAAGCUUCAAUUCAGCUCUACCCUUCAAUGGCAUCAGUUCAGAGCCAGAACCCUGCACAGCAAUCUGAUAAUGUCCAACCCUCUGCUGUUUCAACCCAGAAGGCCAACAAAACUCAUCAGUCCUGUAGAGAAAAAGUGAAAGGCAUGGCAAACAAGAUGUUUCAUCAUGACCAAGCACAGCAAGGGCAUCAAUCUGCAAACCAAGCAUGCCAAACAGCUUGUGCCGAAAGGAAAAAGAAAGAAACGAAUUGCAUGCCAAAGAUACGCGCUCGUAUGAAGAUCAUAAAAAAGAAAAAGAACAAUGAAGGAAAAACAGGUGAUACAAGCAGCAGCAGCAGCGAUGAGGGCGAUCAAGGACAAGGUGCAAGGAAGAAGAAUUAAGCAAGUUGCUGUGAUGGGGAAUAUCUGUGGGAGUGAAAGAAUGAAACCAACAAGUAAUUUCAUAAUAAAUAAUAUUAGACGCUCAAGAAACACAGCCUGUAUGUUGAUUCUACCAAUUCAGUAUUGUAUAAGAACAAGAAAGUGAACUCUGUACAAUGAGACACAUAUUGUAAUGGAACAUAAAAGAGAAGAUCCCACUAUCCCAGUUUGUAUUCACUACAGAUUGUUUCAUUCUCAUUAAUUCUCCA